UGUAUCUUUGUCUGUGGUUUAUUUUACUUUUUUUGUACAUUUCUUGAUUUUUAAGUGUUUGAAAGUUUCCAUGCUUCACACACAAGCUUCAACUGUGUUCUUAUCUAUACAUGGAUGUUGGGACUUCAUUCAAAAAACAAAAAAGUUUUACGUGGGUUAUUUAUCUUUAGUAUAUAAAUAAACAAGCUGAAACUCGUAGUAUAUCUAUAUAUGAUUUAGUAUAGUUUAUUCAAAUUAGUCCUUGGAAAGGAAGAUAGUUGUGGUGUCUUGUUGUUUUCUAGGGUUUUUCUGGGGAUAAUAUAGAAACUUAACCAAGGUAGUUUCAAUUGGUGAGUUAAAGCUACAAAUUUUGGUUGAAUGAAAAGAAAUAUUGUUGAUGUUUGAUUUUGGAAGUAAUUAAGUGAUGAUGGCGGUGACAUCGAGCUGUAAAGAGAGUGGGAAAAUGGGAUUGGACAAUGGGAAAUAUGUGCGGUACACACCGGAGCAGAUCGAGGCUCUGGAGAGGCUGUAUCAUGAAUGUCCAAAGCCAAGUUCGCUUCGCAGGCAGCAGCUCAUCAGGGAGUGUUCAAUUCUUUCCAAUAUCGAGCCAAAACAGAUCAAAGUUUGGUUUCAGAAUAGAAGAUGCAGGGAGAAACAGCGAAAAGAGUCGUCUCGUCUCCAAGCCGUGAAUCGAAAGUUGACAGCAAUGAACAAGCUGUUGAUGGAGGAGAAUGAUAGGCUGCAGAAGCAAGUUUCACAUUUGGUGUAUGAGAACAGCUAUUUCCGCCAGCAUACCCAAAAUGCAGCCCUGACUACCACAGAUAAUAGCUGUGAAUCUGUGGUGACAAGUGGUCAGAACAAUCUGACUCCUCAGCGUCCUCCGCCAAGGGAUGCAAGCCCUGCAGGACUCUUGUCCUUAGCAGAGGAGACUUUAACAGAGUUUCUAUCAAAGGCUACUGGAACUGCUGUGGAGUGGGUCCAAAUGCCUGGGAUGAAGCCUGGUCCGGAUUCCAUUGGAAUCAUUGCUAUUUCUCAUGGUUGCGUUGGAGUAGCCUCGCGAGCAUGCGGUCUUGUGGGUCUGGAACCUACAAGAGUUGCUGAAAUCCUUAAAGAUCGGCCAUCAUGGUUUCGUGAUUGCCGAGCUGUGGAUGUUCUCAAUGCAAUGUCUACUGGAAAUGGUGGCACCGUUGAACUGCUAUACAUGCAGCUCUAUGCUCCUACUACUCUCGCACCAGCUCGUGACUUCUGGUUACUGCGAUAUACAUCUGUUAUGGAAGACGGUAGUCUAGUGAUAUGUGAACGGUCGCUGAACAACACUCAGAAUGGUCCUAGCAUGCCACCAGUGCAGCAUUUUGUGAGAGCAGAAAUGAUGCCAAGUGGAUAUCUCAUAAGGCCCUGUGAAGGGGGUGGAUCAAUAAUCCAUAUAGUUGACCAUGUUGAUUUAGAGCCUUGGAGUGUUCCUGAAGUGUUGCGUCCAUUAUAUGAGUCAUCAACGCUUCUUUCCCAGAGGACAACACUAGCGGCUUUACGUCACUUGAGGCAGAUCUCACAAGAAAUUUCUCAGCCUACUGUGACUGGUUGGGGACGAAGACCGGCAGCCUUGCGUGCGCUUAGCCAAAGAUUAAGCAAGGGUUUUAACGAGGCCGUAAAUGGUUUUACUGAUGAGGGGUGGUCGAUGAUUGAGAGUGAUGGUAUUGAUGAUGUUACCAUUAUGGUGAAUUCCUCUACAGCCAAAUUGAUGGGUGCAAAUCUUCCUUAUGCUAAUGGACUUCCACCUAUGAGUGGUGCAGUGCUGUGUGCCAAGGCUUCCAUGCUAUUACAGAAUGUACCUCCUGCAAUCCUUCUAAGGUUCUUGCGAGAACACCGGUCAGAAUGGGCAGAUAGCAGUAUUGAUGCUUAUUCAGCUGCUGCAGUUAAAGCUGGUCCUUGUAGUCUACCAGUAGCCCGAACGGGAAAUUUUGGUGGACAGGUUAUUCUUCCAUUGGCUCAGACCAUAGAGCAUGAAGAGUUUAUGGAGGUAGUUAGACUGGAAAACAUGGGCCAUUUUCGAGAAGAUAUGUUGACAGCCGGUGACAUCUUUCUAUUACAACUUUGUAGUGGAGUGGAUGAGAACGCAGUUGGCACCUGCGCUGAACUCAUCUCCGCUCCCAUAGAUGCCUCGUUUGCUGAUGAUGCACCGCUUCUUCCCUCUGGUUUCCGAAUCAUUCCUCUAGAUUCUAGAAUGGAUGCCUCGAGUCCAAACCGGACGCUUGACCUAGCAUCAACGCUUGAAGUUGGAACAGGUGGAACCAGGCAAACCGGUGAUCAAUCGAAACAGUGCAGUACCAGCAAAUCAGUUAUGACAAUUGCUUUCCAAUUUGCAUUCGAGAUCCAUCUUCAAGAAAGCAUAGCUGCUAUGGCUCGGCAAUAUGUGCGCAGUAUCAUAUCGUCUGUUCAAAGGGUAGCAUUGGCUCUGUCUCCUUCCCAACUUAGUCCUCAUGCCGGUCUGCGCCCUCCACCUGGCACACCCGAAGCUCAUACUCUUGCCCGUUGGAUCUGUCAAAGCUAUAGAUUCUUUUUGGGCAUGGAUCUUCUCAAAUCUGCUAGUGAAGGAGGUGAAUCGAUCCUCAAAUCAUUAUGGCACCACUCAGAUGCUCUUAUGUGUUGCUCUUUAAAGGCAUUGCCAGUUUUCUCAUUCGCAAACGAAGCAGGACUUGAUAUGCUUGAAACCACCUUAGUUGCUCUCCAAGAUAUUACUCUGGAAAAGGUUUUUGAUGACAAUGGCAGAAAAACACUCUUCUCAGAGCUUCCACAGAUUAUGCAGCAGGGCUUCACUUGUCUUCAAGGCGGCAUCUGUUUGUCAAGCAUGGGGAGGCCGGUUUCAUACGAGAGGGCAGUGGCAUGGAAAGUGCUGAAUGAAGAAGAAAACCCACACUCUAUAUGCUUCAUGUUCAUCAACUGGUCUUUUGUCUGAGGUUUUAUUUUAGCAUUCUGCUUAGGAAGGAAUCUGUAUAAGAAACUACAGUAGAUUAAACAUCAGUGUUUGCUUAUAUACAAUAGACAUGCUUAAUUUUGCCUUUCUAACUAUCAUUUAGUGCUCUCGUCUGUAUGUAGUUUUUCAGGGUUGUGAUACAUAGUUUUUCCA